CCGCGCGCCCCCGAGCCCUCCCGGCGCGCCCCGUGGAGGAGCGAGCUUGAGAGCGUGCCCGUGCCGCCACGCGCGAAGUGGGCGGAGGGACGAGUGCCCCGGGGGAAGGGGGCGGGGGGAGAGGGGAGCCCCGGGAGCCUGAGCCCGAGCCGCUGCCGGCUGCCUGGCGUCGUUGUCCUCGCAGCAGCCCAGGGCGGGAGGACCAGCACCCUGGCCAGCAUCCCCGGCUAUCUCAACAUCCCCAGACACCUCAGCAUCCCGGGCUAUCUCAGCAUCCCCAAACCGCCUCAGCAUCCCCAGCAGCAGCAGCAGCAGCAGCAGCAGCAGCAGCAGCAGCAGCAGCAGCAGCAGCAGCAGCAGCAGCAGCAGCAGCAGCAGAAACAAUGCACGAAGGCUUCAGAGAGGAGGGCAGCUAAAGACCAGAAAAGCCUGCUGCUUCGGAUGUAGCAUUCACCAUGACCAGUCCCCAGCCUGCCAUAGAAGGAGGAGUUCCUGAAGUUGAGAUAAUCUCCCAACAAGUGGAUGAAGAAAUCAAAAGCAUGGCGCCAGUCCAGCUGGUGAACUUGGCUUAUCGAGACUUGCCCCUGGCUGCCCUUGACCUCUCUGCUGCCGGCUCACAGCUUUUAUCCAACCUGGACGAGGAGUUCCAACGGGAAGGGUCCAACUGGCUGAAGCCAUGCUGUGGAAGGCGGGCCUCCGUGUGGCAGGUCUUCUUACUCAGUGCGAGCCUCAACAGCUUCCUGGUGGCCUGUGUCAUACUGGUGGUGAUUCUCCUGACCCUGGAACUGCUGAUAGAUAUAAAGUCUCUCCAGUUUUCGAAUUCGUCCCAGUUUGCUGGAGUCAGUCACUGGAUCAGCCUGGUCAUCUUGUCUGUGUUCUUCUCAGAGACAAUUCUACGCAUCGUGGUCCUCGGGAUCUGGGAUUAUAUUGAAAACAAAAUCGAGGUGUUUGAUGGAGCUGUGAUCAUCUUAUCCUUGGCUCCCAUGGUAGCAUCCACCAUUGCCAAUGGUCCCAGCAGCCCAUGGGAUGCCAUCAGCCUGACUAUUGCCCUCCGAAUUUGGAGAGUAAAGAGGAUCAUCGAUGCUUAUGUCCUGCCUGUGAAGGUGGAACUGGAGAUGGUCAUUCAGCAGUAUGAGAAAGCCAAAGUCAUCCAAGAUGAGCAGCUGGAAAGGCUAACACAGAUUUGCCAGGAGCAAGGGUUUGAAAUCCGGCAGCUGAGAGCACACCUGGCCCAACAGGACCUGGACCUGGCAGCCGAACGAGAGGCAGCCUUGCAAGCCCCUCACGUCCUCAAUCCACAGAGCAGUGCAAGGUACAAGGUGGUGGACACAGGGGACUCGGAUGAUGACGAGACCACGGAAAACAUCACGGAGUUGCGGCCCCCUCAUGAAGCCAUGGUGAAGGAUGACAUGAAUAGCUACAUCAGCCAGUAUCACAAUGAGCCUAGCAGUGACAGUGGAGUUCCUGAGCCUGCCGUCUGUGUCAUCACCACGGCCGCCAUCGACAUCCACCACCCUGACACCUCCUCUGACCGCUUCACGGUGGACGUGCCCCUGAAGCUGGGGAGGAAUGGAACCUGCCCGAGCAUCACGUCCGGGAGCAUGUCGUGCUCCAUGGGCAGCUCAGUCACUUGGGCCCAGAGUGACAGCAGUCAGACCUUGGGCUCCUCCACGGACUUCAGCACGACCCGGGACGAGUCAUCGGAGCUGUGCUCCUUCCCCCCAAGGAAGCCCUCCCAGCCCCAGGUCAACAGCACGGGGGGCCAGGAACUCCUGUCCUCCUUGUCGGAGGAUUCCUGCCUAGCGCAGAAGGACUUGGACCUGGUUAACCUCAGCAGGCCCAGUCCAGCCAGUUCUGCCCUGACCAGCCCCGAGGUGGAGCACAGGGUAAAGAUGUAUAAUGAGAAGAAUCAAGAAGGCUUCACGGUCUUUCAGAUCAAGCCAGUCAUCCACGUUCAGCCAAAGCCCGCCAUGUUGGAGGACAAGUACAAGUCUUUGGAAUCCAAAGAUCAGAAGGUGACCCGGAUCCCAGAGUCCUGAUGUGCGUGGAUGUGGGGUAUGGGGAGGCAGGUGUGGGUGGCGGGGAGGGAUUGGAGGAAAGCGGGAGGGGGGAGGAUGGGAGCCAACCAUCUCACAGCUUUACGGACGCCAUGGCCAGCCAGAAGCAGGGUGGCCCAAGGACCAACCCGCUCUUCCUCCGGAAGCAUGAAUCCUGAAAGCCAGCACAAAUCCAUUCUGUUUCUACUUCCGAAGGUCCAUCCACUGACUUCACAAGAUGGACCAGUUCUUCAGACUUCCUCCUGGGCCCGGGAGGCAGGAAGGGGGGAUUCCACUGGGGUGAGGGGGUGGCACAGGGAUGAAGGUUGUUUUUUUAGUCAUUUUUACAAAGACGGUUGGCCCUGUUGGUUCUGGGCUGUGGGGGGAGCCCAGCUGAGUGUCAAAUCCUCUUUCUCUGGUUUCUUACAUUUUCUUUGUACACAACAGCUCUAAACCCCUUUGUACCAA